AUGGAGUCUAUGCUAGAAGACUAUGAUGUAAGCCCUGCCACUGGCUUUCUCCCCUCAACACCGCCUCUACAACGACUACCCAGCUAUUAUGAGCCUUGGGAGGCACUACUCGAUAAUUUUCACGAUUUAAUGCUAGCGGGACGUUUAAGAUCCUCGAUCAACAAGUUAUUGGUCUUGGAUACUAUUCCACUCAAAACCCUAGCAGAAUAUCAUCGCGCGUUUUUGGUUUUAUCUUCCUUAGCGCAUGGAUAUGUAUGGGGAAAAUUUGACGAAGUCUCGGAUAUUACCAGCUUGCAUUGCCAAGCCAUGGGUCAAGGUAUCCGAUCACCUAGCAAUCUUGCCACAUUAUUUACCUUUUCAAAUACCCCAGAUGAAUCAUGGUUUUAUCUUGUGACUACUGCUAUAGAAGGAUUUGGUGGAAGGGCCAUUACUGCAAUAAUGUCUGCCAUUCGUGCUAUAAAGGCUGGAAAUAAUCAAAAAUUGAUAGUUGCAUUGAGAGACAUAAAUUCUACCAUUGUUGACAUUAAUGCUACUCUGCAAAGGAUGCAUGAAAAAUGUGAUCCAUAUGUCUUUUAUCUGAUGGUACGACCAUACUUAAGUGGGUGGGAAAAUGAAGAUCGCUUACCGCAUGGGCUUAUAUAUGAAGGGGUAGAUGAUAAUGAUGAAAAUGGAAAUCCAAUUUAUCGUAAAUAUGUAGGAGCUAGUGCUGGUCAGAGUGCAUUGAUCCAAGCAUUGGAUAUUGCUUUAAAUAUUGAACACUAUCCAACAGGAGUUAAAUCAUCAAUUAAUGGGCACUGUCCUAUGAAAAAUUAUACAUCUGGAAAUGAUCUUGCAAAGGUUGCUAACAUUCGCAAUUAUAUCAUUUCACAAACGAGUUAUGAUUCUAGUAUCACCACCAUCUCUUCACCUGAUGAAGACAUGGACAUGCUUCAGGGAACAAAUGAGAUGGUUCAAGUGUAUAAUGAAUGUUUAAAUCAAAUGAAAAACUUCCGAAGCAAACACUUACAGAUUGUUAGUGUAUAUAUUAUAAUACAAGCACAUCGAGGCAAUGGUGACUCCAGGUAUCAUUUACCAAUAAAUAAAGAUGUAGCAACAUCAAAGAAUGAAGUAUUUCGAAUAACUACUAACAAUGUUAUUGCAAAUAACAAAGAAGCCACUACAACAGUAAAACCCACUACCACCAAAUCCGUUGAAAUUAAGGGUACUGGUGGAACUAAUUUAAUUCCUUUUUUAAAACAAAUGAGAGAUGAAACAAUGCUUCAAGAGAUUCAGAACUUUUAUGAAUGA